CUCUUCAAUUGACCGCUUCUAUGUUCAUCUCUUUGUUCUUUUCUGUUUUCUAGGGUUUCUAUUUUCAUCAUCAACUGGCCAUUUUCUUGGCAUUAUUCUGCUUCUUAUUUUACCAAAAAGUUCCCAUAAUAAUAUGCUCUUGUUUAUUCCCCUCCUUUCCACCAUUUUCCCUUUUCCUUUUAACCUAAUCGACACUUUACAUCCCUCUCAUUUUCAACGUAAACAGCAUAUUCCCAAUAUUCCCAAUAUUCCCCAUUUCCUCUAUGCAAUCAUUUUUCUUCUUUAUUCUAUUAUUUGGGUUUUUCUGAUUAUAAAUCUCUCUGAUUUCUCUGUGAUUUUGUACAUUUGAAUCAUGAAGUUUUGGAAGAUUCUGUGUAUUUUGAUCGAAUCUACUUUGCCUGAAUGGAGAGAUGAGUUCAUUUCUUAUAAGAAAUUGAAGAAGCAAUUGAAAUUGAUGUACCCUGAUAAAGAUGGUAAACCUAAGCGCUUAAAGUUUGAUGGAGAAGCAUCCAUGGAGGUUUUUCUUAAUCUGCUUGAGGAAGAAUUGGACAAGUUUAACCAGUUCUUUGUAAGCAAGGAGGAGUAUUAUGUUAUUAAGUGGAGUUUAUUGCAGGAGAGGGUAGCAGAGAUUGGAGAUUCGGACGAACGGUUGAUGAAAGUAGGGAGAGACAUUGUGGACUUCCAUGGAGAAAUGGUUUUGUUAGAGAAUUAUAGUGCCUUGAAUUACACAGGACUGGCAAAGAUUCUAAAGAAGUAUGACAAGCGAAGUGGCGAGCUCAUCCGUGUGCCUUUCAUCAAGAAGGUGUUACGCCAACCGUUCUACUCAACCGAUGUGCUCGGUCAGCUAUUAAAGGAGUGUGAGAUGGUACUCGAUCUUCUCUUCUUCAAGAAAGACCUGUCAUCUGCUGCCGAAACAGUCAAUGAGGAAGGAAGAAGGGGUGGCUCGGAGGCGAAGACUGCAUCGGAGAGUAAAGAAAAGGUGUUGAACAUUCCCGAAGAUCUUGAAGAGAUCGAGUACAUGGAGAGUAUGUACAUGAAGCUAACAUUAUCAGCCCUGAAAGCUCUGAAGGAGAUUAGAGGUGGAAGUUCAACAAUAGAUGAUUUCUCGUGGCUUUGAACAUUACA